GCAAAAAUUAUCUCCGGUUAAAUCGCCAAUGUGCUUUUUAAUUGCGAAUAAUUUGCGUUUAUUAAUACAGUUAAUUACUUCUGGAAUAUUCACUUAUAAUUCAUAAACAUUUUAUACAUCUCUACAGGUUACAUGAAUAUUCAAAGGGUUAAUAUGUGAAUAUGAUGCAUUAAACGGUUCCGUAAAUAUGAAUGGAUGCUAUGUUUACAAUAAAAUUGCUAGAAAUUUUCGUAGUUAUUAUAGAGGCUAUGGGGAAAGUGAGCUAUCUAUAGAACUUAGAAGAUCUUUUGCUCUUUCCUCACGAUUUGAUACGAACAAUAAGAAAGUGUAUACGUUUAAAUCAAUAUUUCAUUUCGACGACAGAAAAAAGUUAUUUGAAUAUUUUAAAACAGAAGUGAACGAGAAACUUGCUGUCCUAGGAGAGAUUCUAACCAGGCAGUGCAAUUUUAUUGUGUCACAAAGAGUCCGGCGUACAUCUCAGGUAUGGAACUUAUACGCUCGAUUAUAUACUGAAAACACAAUCAAACAAAUCAUUUCUCAAUUUGCAAAGAACUUUCGUUUAAAGAAACGACCGUUUGCAGUGCUAUUUGGAGCGGCAUUGUUCAACUGGGACAAGGAGAAGAUUACAGAUGAUGAGAUUCAGAAUUUUAGCAAGUUGGAUGUAUUUCUGUUGGAUGAAAUGGUUUAUUUCCGAUCUUGCAACACAAUCUGCAUUUAUGAAUUGGACAGAUACCGAAGCAGUGAUGAUCAUCCCACAAAACCUAUUACGGGUCAGCGACUUGUCACUAAACUGAUCGAAGAUGGCUGGGAGGCUGUUAUUCAGAAGGAAUGUGUUCAAGUUUGGAGGAAGGCAUUUCCUAAUUCGUAUCUUUAUGAAUACAAAAUUAUGGGAACAUUUUAUGACGUACCUGCAAGAACAUUCUUUGCUGUGCAGACAGACAUAGAAUAUAGAAAAAAAUGGGAUAAGCUUGUUAUAAAACUUGACAUCAUCGAUAAGGAAGCUACUGAAGGAGGUUGUGAAGUUAUGCAUUGGGUUAUGCAUUAUCCUUAUCCUAUGUACAGUAGAGAAUAUGUAUAUAUUAGAAGAGCAGUGGUAAGUAAAUUAGAUUAUAUGAAAACAAAUGCAAUAUAAAGUCUACAAUCUAUAAUCAUUGGG